AUGCCUCGUGCCCUCGCAAAAGUAGGUGACCACGUCGUCGCCGAGACGGACAGCUGGGAGACGGUCGAGGGAAACAUCUACUUCCCCCCAUCCGCUAUCAAGGACACCAGCUUACUUGAGCACUCGGACCUGUCCACCUUUUGUUCCUGGAAGGGGUACGCUUCGUACUGGAGCAUCAAGGUCGAUGGCAAAACACUCGAGAAUGCCGCGUGGUACUACAAGGAGCCGUACGAUGCAGCCAAGAACAUCAAGGAUUAUAUUGCGUUCUACAAGGAUAAGGUUGAUAUCGUUGAGGAGUAA